UCCACUGUUUUAUAAGCUCCCGCGCCAAAACACCUUCGCGCCGUAACGGUCCCCCUUAUUCCCCCUAUUUUCUUCCUUUCCCCUUUAUUUUCCCCCUUAUCUCGCCAUCUAUCCAAAACAACAAAAAUAUCCUUUUUAAACACAUUCCAAAAUUUUCCUUUAUAUUUUCCCUAUUUAAAAUGUCUUUAAUUUUAUUUAUAAAAUUAUUCAAAAAAUGGAGUCACCCUUUGAAAAAAUAAAUUUUGGGAAUUCAAAAAGUUGUGGUGGGGAUUCCAAUACUUUUUCCAAAACUUGUGUUAUUCUUGGCCGCGCCAAAGCUGGGAACUCCGAGAUGGAGAAUAUUGUCGGCAAUAAUAAUAGUGGGGGAAAGACAAAAGAAAUUAAGCCUUACUUCAAAAAUGAACAAACUGGAAACUUUGUUCAUCCUAAAAGUACUGAGAGGCCUUUCAAAAUUGUUUCUAGAGAGCUGCCGUCGAGUGAAGUUUCCGUUUCUCUUUUAAUUUCUCGCAAUCACAAUGCAUCAAUAUCAGCGUCUUGCUAUUUUAAUUCAAAACAACAGCAAUCACUCCCAGCAAUCCGGAAAUUCAAUAAUAUUAAUGAGAGAAAUUCUUCCUUUCCUUUAAAAACUCCCCGAUUGAAAAUUGUGGAAAUUCCUUUUGAAGAGAAAGAAUUAAUUAUUAAAGGGGCAAAAUUGGGGGGAGGAACAAGUUCUCCAAGUUAUAUGCCUACUUCGCCUCCAAUUUUUACUUGGCCAAAUUUUAAAAAUUCAAAUAAAAGUGACAGUACUGGGAUUGGAUCAAGUUUUUCAUCAAAUAAUUCAUCUAGCGGAGAUAGCGAUCACCACCACUUUUUCUCUCAAAAUAAAUCAAAAGAUUAUCGUGUCAUAUCGUUAGAUGAAAAACCUAAUCCUGGGCGAUUAGACGAUUUUGUGCCGGAAGUUGAACGUGAAAACAAUGAAAUAAAACAAAGAGAAAAGAAAAAAGAAGGCGAAAACAAAUAUCAACAAAAAUUUUACAACUUUCCGUCCUUAAAUCGUAAUUAUUCAAAUAUUUAUGGGGAAAAUAAGUGGUCAGAGCCUAGAGGAAAGCUAACGACUGAAAAUGGCUGUGGGAAAAAGGUAGAGAUUAUUAAAAAAAAAGUCCGUAAAAAAUUUGCGGAUCUUUUAAAGAAAGAGACAGCCCCAUUGGAAAGAGACGAAUUUGGAAGGCUAGUAAUACCUUCAAACGAAUGGAGAAAAUUUCUGGCUGAACAGCGUCCAAGCAGUAAUAAUCGAAUUAAUUCACAACUUCAAAUAGUCUUCAGAAAAGAUAAUUAUACCAAUUUGUGA